AUGCCUCACGCCCAAGGCCUCAAGAUUGCCAUUCUCAUCAAUGAGUUCUCCAAGCAGACUCAACCGAUGAAAGAUGCAUAUCGCACAAUCCUAGCCACUGUUGAGCCAGACGCGACGAUUGAAUUUUUCGAUCCGAUAAAUGCCCAAGAGUAUCCCGAUGUGGCGAAAUUUGAUCUCAUUGUCCUGAGCGGCGGCAGCGUAUUUGUCAUGGAAGAGGUCCCUUGGGUCAUGAAGAUGCGGGCCUUUAUCAAGUCGACAGUAGAAACGCAACCCACCAAGAAGAUGAUGGGCAUUUGCUGGGGCCACCAGAUCAUCAAUGUCGCCCUCGGAGGUAUCGUGGAAGAAAUGGGCUCGGCCGAUGUUGGCGUCCAUACAAUACCUCUGACAGAAGAGGGCAGUCAGUUCUUCCAGGGUACCACCCUUCAGAGCUCUAGCGAGUUCAAAAUUCAGCAAUUUCACAAACGCGACGUCACAAAGCCAGCCCCCGGCCUCAUUCCCUUGGCCAAGAAUAAUGAAGCUUUUAUUAAUGAGCAGAACACCAUCAUCACGUUUCAGGGUCAUCCCGAGAUGAAUGUAGAAUGGGCUUAUACAGCCGCUUCCGGCUUUCCUGCCUACAUUGCCCUCACAGGGUACACGAUGGAGGAGAUAUUAGAAAGCGUCAAAAUUCCUACUGAUGGUGAGGCCAUUUGGAGGCGCGUUUUGGAGUGGGUAAGGGAGUAG